AUGUCGACCCAAACACCCCCAACGCCGCGCCGCACUCUCCUCCGACCACGACCUUCUCUGACCAAAUUUUCCGGCGGCAUUAAUACAGUUUCGACUCCUAAUCUUUCCAGUGCAUAUUCCAACGCCGCUGCCCCGCCAGUACCCACUCUUGGUGGCAGCAGGGUCGCUGGCCUCCUGGCCCGGAAGACAUCACUCAGUGCCCUUACUCAGGGCUCUUUGGCCACCAUCCCUGAUGCCAGUGAAACUUACGGAUUGAGUACGGUACUGGACGAGGAUUCUCUCGCUGGUGAGGGACAGGGAAAUAUGGCACAACAUACACCAAGGGGCGACGAGGGCGAGGUGGAGGUUGGCGAGCUGGUGGACGUACCUGGGCACAUGCAUGGAACUGUGAAGUUCCUGGGAACUGUGGCAGGCAAGAAAGGCGUAUUCGCAGGUGUAGAGCUGAGCGAGGAGUACUCUUCAAGGGGCAAGAACAACGGAGAUGUGGAUGGUGUUUCGUACUUCAAGACCUCCAUACCGGGCGCAGGUAUAUUUCUUCCUGUAGCGAGAGCCACUCGCCGCAGUUCACGAUCGACAUCUGGAAGCUCGUUCCCUCACACACCGACGACACCGGGGAGCAGUCGCGGAGGCCAGGGGUACCAAACAUAUACACCUCCAACUCCGUCGCUUCCGAACUUCAGCCAAUCUUUAGGACCUGGACGCGCUCCAAGCCCGCAGUUUAAAAGAUCAAGGCCAUCACUCCCCAGACCUGAAUCGCCUUUGCGACUGCCACAGGCUUCGAGGCCAUCGAUUAGCGCUACACCUGGUCCCAAGGGCGCUCCACGUUAUGCGCCUAGCCCGUCGCCAGCGAAGUUCGGACAGAGUGUGAGAGGUACAAGAGACACAGCAGGAGACCCGCCAAAGAAGCUCGCAUUCACCCCGAGGAACCCUAUAAAAUCGGGCGUCGGACCGAGGAGUGCGUCUGCCCUUGGUGGCGCGCCUAUGAACUACAGCGACGAUGAAACUACACCAAUCGGCACUGCCAGGACCACAAAUAAUAACGAGAGCUUAGGCUCGACCUCCUCCUUCAAUGCCAAGUUGCGUCCUGCUGAGGCGAGAGCAAAAGAACAUGAAGAGGACCUUCAAAGGUUACGAACACAGUUGGAGGAACGGGACAAGCAGCUGAAGGAACAGGCGACCAGUCUUGCUGAGAUGGAGAACAGCUUGGCUGAAGUUCAGUCAUUAAUGGGUGGCUCGGAUGCUGGCAGCAAGAACAGGGGUAGCAUGGAGGAUCGGGAUACUUCACAGUUGCGAACGCUGCUGCGCGAGAAGAACGAGAAGAUCGCCAUGCUUACGUCGGAAUUCGAUGCACACCGAGCGGAUUUCAGGAGUACGAUCGACACGCUGGAGAUGGCGAGUAAUGAGACGGAACGUGUCUACGAGAAGCGGGUCGAGGACCUCGUACAGGAGCUCAGAGAGCAUCAAGACCGAAGUGAUGACGUGCACAGCGUCGCAGCUCAACUGAAGCAGCUAGAAGAGCUUGUUCAGGAGCUCGAGGAAGGCCUGGAGGAUGCUCGGCGCGGAGAAUCAGAAGCGCGUGGGGAAGUCGAGUUCCUGCGAGGCGAGGUGGAGCGCGGUCGUGCAGAGCUGCGCCGAGAACGUGAGAAAGCAGCAGCUGCUCAGCAAGAAGCGCCACGCCAAAACGAAGCCUCGGGAUCAAAGGAACUGGAACAGCGUGACGACGAAAUCAGGGGCCUGAAAGCAAUCAUUCACUCUCUGAGUCGCGACCAAGUACCUGACACUGACUCGCAAAGGACCCCUACACAGCGACACGGCAGCGUUGGUAGUCGUAACAAACGCCAAAGCCAAGGAUUGUCCGAGUCUGCAGAGGACCGCCAGGCGCGUGAAGCUUUAGAGAAUGAGGUUACUGAGCUUCGCCGCACAGUCGAGUCAAAAUCUAACCGCGAGGAAGAGCUCCAGCGUGAAUUGGAGGAACUCAAGCGAGGCAGCACAGUCGGCUCAUUGAAGAACCAACGUGCCAGCGCAAUCACGAUUGGAAGCACUGGCACUGUCACAGCAGACAAGCAACUCAACAAGGACGUCUGUAGCUCUGUCGGAAGCUGGCGCGACAGGCCAACGGGAUCACCCGAAACCCACAGGAGAGGCAAUACCCUCGAGACGAUGGCAGAAAGCGACACAUACUCCGCCACGACCGAGGGCAGUGUCCUCUGGUGUGAGAUUUGCGAGACCGGCGGACACGAUAUUCUCACCUGUACAAACAUGUUUGGCGCAAAGUCAGCGACAAGCAACAACACCAGAUCCCAUCUUGCGAACAACCCGAACCCGCCUGCGCCCUCGCGUAAUGGCAGGGACAUCUCCCGGGAAGGCCUGAAGCCAUACCCGCCAAAGAUGGAGAACUACAGACCCGCUCCUCUAUCGCCAGCCAAGAAGCCAAGUGCGCCCCCUGUAUCCAUCCUCCCCAACCCCUCCAUCGAUGGGCCUGUGGCUGGGAAGGAGAGCGGCGUCAUCGAUGUGAAUAGAUGGUGUGCACUCUGCGAGCGCGACGGGCACGAGAGCGUAGACUGCCCCUUUGAAGAUGCCUUCUGA